UGUAUAGUUGCCCCUCUUCUCUCCUCCUUCAGUGUAAGAUGGUGGUUUCUGGUAGAACUAGGUAGCCAACACACACAGAGGCUAAGCGUAAAGGCCGACUGGUUUCACAAAGCAUAUGCUACUGAGUUCCUCGGACAGCGACUUGCUGUAACGGCGGAACCGGCUCACACGGAGGCUGCUCCCCGAUAAGCCCGGAGAGGAAGCCCUAGCAAGACACAGGCAGGGGAAAAUUGACAGAUCUCCAUGCUUCAUAUUGUGAGCUGCCCAGUACAGCCACAGUCUUUUACUGCUGACCACUGACCAUCUCCAUUGCAGCAGCCUUGCACACAGUCCCUCACUGUCCUGUAGAAGCUGGCCAGUCCUGUAGCGUGGUAUCAUAGGAUGUCCCGGAGCCCUGACGUGAAGGACGACCCCAUGGAGUGCCCACUGUGUAUGGAACCACUGGAGAUUGAUGACGUCAACUUCUUCCCAUGUACCUGUGGAUACCAGAUAUGCCGUUUCUGUUGGCAUCGCAUCCGUACAGACGAGAAUGGCCUCUGUCCCGCCUGCAGGAAGCCCUACCCAGAAGACCCUGCGGUGUAUAAGCCCCUGUCACAGGAGGAGCUGCAGAGGAUAAAGAAUGAGAAAAAGCAGAAACAGAACGAGAAGAAGCAGAAGAUCACAGAGAACCGCAAACAUCUGGCCAGUGUUCGCGUGGUCCAGAGGAACCUGGUGUUUGUAGUGGGGCUGUCUCAGAGGCUGGCUGACCCUGAGGUUUUGAAGAGGCCAGAGUAUUUUGGGAAGUUUGGGAAGAUUCACAAAGUGGUUAUCAACAACAGCACAUCAUACGCGGGCUCACAGGGGCCUAGUGCUAGUGCCUAUGUCACUUACAUUCGCUCUGAAGACGCCCUCAGGGCAAUCCAGUGUGUCAACAAUGUAGUAGUAGAUGGCAGAACACUUAAGGCUUCUUUAGGAACAACAAAAUACUGCAGUUACUUUUUAAAGAGCAUGCAGUGUCCUAAACCGGACUGCAUGUAUCUGCAUGAGCUCGGGGACGAAGCUGCUAGUUUUACAAAAGAGGAGAUGCAGGCAGGAAAGCACCAAGAGUACGAGCAGAAACUAUUACAAGAUCUCUACAAAAUGAACCCUACCUUCCUACAGACCUCAGCUGCGGCAGGGGAGAAACCAAAGGGCAAAUCCAACUCUUUACAAAGAUCCAACAGUACCAACAAAGAUGGCUGGCCGUUGCUGCAGCCAUUGGGAAAGACAGCCAACGGUCUGUCAUCAGACCACAGGAAGAGUCCCACGUUGGACGGAUCUGAUUCUGAACACAUGACCCCUGAGGGGCCCGAACCUGACAUCAGUCUUGGCCCUGUAGCAGCCCUCUCCCCUUUCUCUUCAAACUGUGAUCCUGCCAGCCCGAGUGACAAACUGCCAGACAUCAUCAGUAUAGGCAAUGGUGAAACGUCACAACUGCUCCCGGGGAGUGACUCUCCGUCGCCCCCUCCUGGCCUCAGUAAACCUAGCCUGGUGGUUCCCAUCAGUGUGGCAGGCCUCACAGCUCGUUCCCCAUUCGAGGGCGGUGCUGCAGAGUCACAGUCUCUGUUCUCAGACAACAGCAACUUCCGGCACCCAAACCCCCUCCCCAGCGGCCUGGCUGGCUUUCCCAGCUCCCCACACAGCAACGCUGACUGGCCCACAGCACCAGAACCACAGAGCCUCUUCACCUCAGACACCAUACCAGUGUCAUCCUCCACAGACUGGCAGGCGGCCUUCGGCUUUGGCUCAUCUAAACAGCAGCAGCAGGAUGAUGACCUGGGCUUCGACCCUUUCGACAUCACCCGCAAGGCACUGGCUGACCUCAUAGAGAAGGAGCUCUCUGUUCAGGACAGCUUUACCUCUUCCUUGUCGCCCAGCUCCUUCCCGCACAGCCCCCAUGGGCCCUCCCUCACCUCCCUUCCCACCAAAGGCCUCGGUUCCCCUGGAGGUCUCCUGGCCCCCAACCACCUCCCACCCAACUCUGGCCUCCCACACCGCUUCUCUCAGCACCAGCACGUUCACCGUGGAGUCUACAACUCCUUCAGCUUUCCUGGGCACCCUCCACUCUCCUCAUCCUCCUGCUCCUCCUCCACCACUUCCUCCUCAGCUCCCCGCCAAUCCUGGAUGGGUGCCACCCCAGCCUCUUCACGCAAUAACUUUGCGCACUUGAACCACACUGUCAGCCCAACAGUCUCCACCUCACACAGCAGCUUCUUGGACUUGACUCUGCUGUCAGGGCAUCACAGUACUGGGCUAGGAGGAAUCCCAAUCACAGAGAACAGCGGUUGUGUAGAGAGUAUAAAUGUGAAAGAGUGGCAAGAUGGCCUCAGAGCGCUCUUACCCAACAUCAACAUCAACUUUGGUGGGCUACCCAACUCUUCGUCUUCCUCGUCCUCCUCCUCCUCCUCAACGUCCAGCAUCAACCACACGGGGGCGCCAGUGGGCACGGGGGGCAUCUCUCACAGCCUCAGUUGGGACAACACAGCCAGCUGGAUGGACCCAGCUAUCAUUACAGGGAUCCCGGCCUCCAGUGGCAACAGUCUGGACUCUCUUCACGAUGACAAUCCUCCACACUGGCUCAAGUCCCUGCAGACCCUCACAGAGAUGGAUGUCCCAUCUAGCUCCGCAUCGCCCCACCAGCCCCCACACAGUGGCCCCUUCGGGAGCCAGCCCCCCCCUCGCAGAGCUGGCUGGGCACCCUACCCAGCCCCAGCUACCCAGUUCCACUCCCCCCCGCCAGGCUUCCAGACGGCCUUCAGACCACCGGCCCAGAGCCAGACAGACCUGCUACAGAGCGCCACCGUCGACCGCCACUAGGGACUGUCAGUGUAAACCCUAACCCUCUCCAACAACCACAGAGAGUCACUCAACCAAAUCAGCAGAGAUACAAAACUAUUAACAAAUAAUAACAAGAUGAUAUACUAUUUUCAUUUCUUCCUCCUCAUGAUCUUCUGAGCUCUUGUGUUUUCUUGUCUCAGUUUUCAAUUGGUUAUUGAAGUUGGUCUAGUUGCGCUACCCCAGCCACACUCCUAACACUGUCUGCCAGCAUCAUGAUUACACAGCUCUGCUGGGAGCAUCUCAUCUAAUGAAACAGAAACCUAUUCAUUCCCUAUGAUUGGCUAAGAAUUGACAGGAAUUUCCAAAGCUUUUUGAAUUAUUCGUAAGUAGUGGUAUCCAGAUAUUAAGCCACUUGGAUCAUGAUGGAAAAUACAUUCAUUGUGUUGUUGAAAUAAGACAAAGUUUGAGAGGCACUUUGGAAUAGACACAACUGACUCCCAUUGGGUAAGUCUCAGAACACAAUUGUCUGCCUUCAAACGAUUUGCCAAAAAAGCUCAUCUCAAUCUGUCUACAUGAGAGAAGCUGCCUCCUUCGAACCCCUGAGGCAAGUGAUUGUGAGAAAUCAAGGUUUGCGCUGCGUCUUAGCAUCAGGGCCUCGAUUCUUUGAUCGGGAGCUUUGCAUUUUUUUUUUUAUUUUUUUUUUAAUUCACAGGAUCAAAGGAAUUUUGGGGAGAAAUUUGAAAAGCAACAGCUAAGCCUUAUCUGAUUCGAUGGGAAGACAAGUAAUGUCUGUAUUCCCUAAAACCAAGUCUGUGUUGAGUAAAGCUUUGUUCAGUUGGGAUCUGUUGGUAAAGGUUUUGCUAAAACAAGGCAGGGGGUCUGGAUUUCAGGAGCUUUGUGAGUGGAGGUUUAGUUAGAAAUUUCACCCUUUACCCCCACGAGAUCUGUCAGCCAAACCUCUGUAUCAGAGGGUAGAGACUGGCGCUAGAUAUGAAGCACCACAGUACAGAGUGGGCUUAACAUAGUAGGUGCCACCGUGUGGCGCUGAUUGUCAGUUGUGAUGACCCUGAGACCUUGCCCAUGGUCUUAGACUGGGGCGCAGGCUGAGCACAGUUCCUGUUCAUGUUGGGCCUGUACUGCACUAAUGUGGGCAUGUGGUUUGUGUGUUUGGACAGAGAAAGCACUUUGUUUAGUGUUCAUUUGUCAGUGUUUCACAGGUUUUAGAGAUUCAAAGCAGGGUAAAGAGUUAUAUUUUGAGCUGUUCAAAAAAAAUUGUUUGUUUUUAAUUGGAUUAAGCUGCAGCUGGUUGCUCUACUCAGUCUGUUCUCACAUUUUCCCUACUUGGUUCCUACGGAAGGGAUUAAGGCCACAGUUUAAAAAAAAAAAAAAAAAGUUUUGAGCUAAAUCUCAGAAUUUUGACAAAAGCCAGAAUUGUGAGGAUAAAGGCAGUAUUCUAAGAUCAAAGUCAGAAUUCUGACUUUAAUAUUUAUUCUAAGGUUGAAGUCAGAAUUCUGAUUGAAUUCUGGCUUCAUUCUUACAAUUCCAAUUCUGAUUUUCAAAAAUUAGUGUGGCCCUAAUGCUCUUCUGUAAAUUCCUGCUUCAUUUUAUCACAUCAGUUUUUGUCUCUCAAGGAUAUGUGUGCUGGGAUAGUAGUGCUUCAAGGCAACUCAAACUGUUGGUAACAUCAGGGGUUUAACAUUUACCCCUUCAUUCUUAAAAAAAACUCCAAGUGUUUUAAAUGGUCUUAUUUUUCUUUCUCCGUAAGGUCCUUACAACUUUCACUACUCAACAGUAUUCUUGAGGAUUAAGACACUGAUGCAGUUUAACCAUGGGCUGGUUUUACACAGUGCUAAAAACAUGAGUUUAAAAUGAAGAGCUGAAGGAACUGCACCUUUACAGGUCUGGAAGAAAAAAAAUUAAAUCUUAAAUAAAAGAGAAAACAUAA